AUGGUAAAUUUUCCCAAGAUACCCAACUCUACCACAGUGACUGAAUUCCUGCUUACAAGAUUUUCUGAUGUGUGGGAGCUCAGAGUCUUGCACGCCUUGCUCUUCCUACUGAUGUACUUGGCAACCCUGACGGGGAAUCUUCUCAUUGUCACAGUCACCACCUUCGACUGGAAACUUCACACCCCCAUGUAUUUCUUCCUUAGGAAUCUGUCUGUCCUGGACAUGUGCUACAUUUCUGUCACUGUACCCAAGGCAUGUGCCAUCUUCCUGCUUGACAGCAGGGUGAUCUCCAUGGCUGGAUGUGCAGCUCAGGUCUUCCUUGUGUUUCUGUUUGCAUAUACCGAGUUGCUGUUACUGACCAUCAUGGCCCUUGACCGCUAUGUGGCCAUCUGCCAACCCCUCCACUACACUAUGAUCAUGAAACAUCGGGUCUGUGUCCAGAUGACUCUGGCCUCAGUGCUCAGCGGUCUGGCCUACUCUGUACUCCACACAGGAAGCACUUUCUACCUGUCCUUCUGUCAGUCCAACAUGGUCCAUCAGUUCUUCUGUGACAGCCCCUCUCUGUUGAAGCUCUCCUGCUCUGACACCUUCAGCAAUGAAAUUUUAAUUCUUGCCUCUGCAGUGCUGGUUGGUGGUGGCUGCUUUGCUUUCAUCACCAUGUCUUACAUUUGCAUAUUUUCUACUGUGCUCAAGCUUCCAACCAGAGGAGAACGAGGGAAGGCCUUCUCCACCUGUGUCCCUCACAUCCUCGUGGUGACCGUCUUCCUCAGCUCAGGGGCUGCUGUGUAUGUGAAGCCAGCCUCUAACUCUCCCACAGUUCAGGACAUGAUCACCUCUGUGUUCUAUUCUAUCAUCCCUCCUUUCCUGAAUCCUAUAAUCUAUAGUCUUAGAAACAAGCAGAUAAAGGAGGCUUUAAGGAGAAUUAUGACGAGAAAUCUUGAUUCAGGAAAAAAGGAUAGUUUGAAGCCAUUCCCAUUUUGA